CUCGAAUCAAGCUUCGUUGUUCUUUCUUUCUUUACGAUUGCGACUGUCAUCAAUCAAUCGUCCCUCUUUUCGACAUUUAUCAUCAUGGUUGCCACAGGACGUAACAACCCAGCCAGCGCCAACGUUGGCAGCAUGAGCCGUACAGCCGUGUACACCAAGAAGGGCUCUUACAAGCACAAGGGUGUUCGUAAAUCCACAGGACCUGCUAAGGCUCAAGAGCAACCUUCUUCAGUCUCUGUUGACAUCAAAGGCGGUAAACGUUCAAAGCCAUCAGUCAAGGCUCAACGUUUCUACCCAUCCGAAGAUGUUGCCGUACCAAAGAAGAGCCGUAAGACCCCUGGUCAGGCAAAACUUCGUCCAACUAUCACACCCGGUACCGUUUUGAUCUUGUUGGCCGGUCGUUUCCGUGGAAAGCGUGUUGUCUUCUUGAAACAACUCGCUUCAGGUUUGUUGCUCGUCACCGGUCCAUUCAAGGUCAACGGUGUCCCCAUCCGUCGCGUCAACCAAGCCUACGUCAUCGCCACAUCCACCAAAUUGGACGUUUCAGGUGUCAAGGUUGAUGCUAAAUUCAACGAUGCUUACUUCAACAAGGAAAAGUUGUCUGGUCCCAAGCCAGAAGCCUCUUUCUUCGCUGACCCAAAGAACAAGGCCGCACACCCAGAAGCAAAGGUUGCUGACCAAAAGGCACUCGACAAGUCCAUCAUCGAAUCCAUCAAGAAGGGAGGACCCGCAUUGGCUAAAUACUUGGCUGCCACCUUCUCUCUGUCCAACGGAGAAUGCCCUCACGCUAUGCGCUUCUAAAGGUGGAGUGGAGCAAUUCUCUCAUCGCCAUCAUUUUGAUCUCGCACCCACAUACACAUUUUUUCUUGAUACGUCUGCUCGGGUAGUUGCGAAGGCGUUUUGUACUGAUUUAUAUGCCAAUGAAUGAACUACCCAAUAAGUGAUGACUGAAACAGUGAGUAACUGUACCAGCAAUGAGAUUGAGUGUUGUGAGAGCGUGCGACUUUGUUACAUGACUGGGAAGUGUUAGGCUAGGAGGCGGCUCAUUUCGGAUACAUCGUACAUCGAUGGGUUCCAGACGUGUGUGCUUUCAAAGACGACAUUCAAGGUACCGGCGCCAUUGUUUUAGGUGACUUUAUCAAUACUACUUAAUCGGGAAAUAAAGUAUCUAGACGUUUAAUAUUAGAGUAACUAAUAAUGACUUAAAUAAUAAUUUUACCUAUGUAUUUCUCUUUCUUUUGAUGUUCAUCAAUCGAUC